UUUUUUUUUUUUUUAUACAUUAUUCCUUUUAUUAUUAAAAAUGAGUGUUGGAAUAGAAAAGUGUUGUUGUUUUAUUCCUUUACGUUUUGGUACCUUCUUGAUUGCUCUUUGGUUUACUAUUAUAUAUCUACUUGAUGCCACCACGGGUUUCCUUGGUAUCAAUGCUGCGAUUGUAUAUUCUGGACAAGCUGCGAGUGCCUGGUAUUAUAUUGACCUUCUCUUUACAGUACUUGUAUGUAUUGGUGGUGUUGUUGGCAUGUUUGGAUCUUGUUUUUCUUCUCGAAAAUUCGCCAAAAUAUUUAGUGUGGUUGUUUGGGUGAAUUGUACACUUUCCAUGUUGAAAUAUGUCAUCUGUUUAGCAUUAAUGAUUAGCCAUAGUUAUGAUAUGACUCGAUCAUGUUUACGUUCUGGAUUUAUUGGAUUCACCAAUUCACAAUCAUCUAUCACACCUGUUAUCAUUCCUGAUAGUCCUUAUUACUCACCUGUGCGAUACCCUGGUACCUUAAAUGCUAACGCUGGAACUCAAGAAGAUUGUGAAGCAAGUGUCAAAACCUUUUUGAUUACUUUUGGUGUGGUUGUGUUUGUUGUGCAAAUACUUCAGUUUUAUUUUGCUACUGUGGUCAGUGCUUAUGCUUCCAGACUUCGUAAUGGUGCUCGUCAUCAUCGAUUACAUGAUCAACAAAUCAAGGAUUUUGAAGAAUCAAGAUACCAUAUGUCCACUGUUUACUAGUUUAUUACAAAUAUUAUAUAUAUAUAUUUUUUUCCCCUUUCCUUUUUGUACAUUUAUCCCUCUUCAAUAAAAAAAAAGAAUAUAUAUAUAUAUAUA